GUAUUUUCAUCCCCUUUAUCUGUGAAAAGUGGUUUGCUCCGAACGCUCCGCAAGCAGAAGAGGGAGGGUCAACAUGGCGUCUGAACAGGAGAGCUCCAAUGGGCCAGUGAAGAAGUCCAUGCGAGAAAAAGCCAUAGAGCGCCGCACCAUCAACAAGGAGCACAACAGUAAUUUCAAAGCAGGCUAUGUACCCAUAGAGGAAGAGCGUCUGCAUAAGACAGGGCUAAGAGGACGCAAAGGAAACAUGGCUGUGUGCAUCAUCAUCCUCCUCUUCCUCCUCGCCUUAAUUAAUUUAAUUAUCACAUUGGUUAUAUGGACAGUGAUCCGCAUCGGUCCGAAUGGCUGCGACAGUAUGGAGUUCCAUGAGAGUGGCCUGCUGCGUUUCAAACAGAAAGCAGACAUGGGUAUCGUCCACCCGCUGCACAAGAGCACAGUAGGAGGCCGUAAAGACCAGGAUCUGGUCAUUGUUGGUAACAACAACCCGGUAGUCUUCCAGCAAGGCACUACAAAGCUGAGCGUAGAAAAGGACAAGACCUCAAUCGUCAGUGAUGUCGGCAUAUCCUUCACAGACCCUCGGACCCAAACCACGUUCUUCAGCACUGACUUUGAAAACCACGAGUUUCAUUUGCCCAAAGGAGUCAAAGUCCUCAGCGUUAAAAAAGCUUCCACAGAAAGGAUCACCAGUAAUGCAGCAUCUGACCUGAACAUUAAAGGAGACUCUGCCAUCAUUCGCGGUAACGAAGGGGUCAACAUCAUGGGUCGGACAAUCGAGUUCAAAAUGGGUGGAAACAUUGAGCUCAGGGCUGAGAACAGCAUCGUGCUCAAUGGAUCGGUCAUGUUCAAUGCCACGCGUUUUCCUAACUCUGCGGGAGAUCUGUAUUUCAAUGAAGGUCAGGAGAGGUACAAGCUCUGCAUGUGUGAAGAUGGAACUCUGUUCCGUGUGCGGGUGAAGUUUACCAACAUGGGCUGCCAGACUUUAGAUAACCCAUGUAAGAAGGCUCACUAGGACUGGAAUCUGCUAUUGCAUCUCACUACAAUCAGUCCACACUGAAUUCAGAUAAACCACUUUCAAAUUUAUUUUUGAUAGUGUAGAGCUCUAGUAUACAGGACAUUCAUAAUGGCUUGGGCAUAAUAUCUCUGUGGGUCAUGUGUCAAAUUCUGUGUUUUUUAAUAUUAUGUUUGCCACUUGGCCAAAGAUAAAAACUGUAGUAUUUUAUUUUUCUGCAGAUUUGCCAACUUGAGAUGAUAUCAGUCUAUGUUACUUCUAUAUAGUAGGACAUGAAACACUACAUGUACAAAGGCUAAUGUACGCUAUGGAGCCCUACUCUCAAAAACUAGAUUUAACUCUCUCUGGGAAGCUGGAUUCAAGAAAUAAAUGUUUCAAGAUUACAUUUUUUGAAAAUGUUUAGCGCCAUCUGGUGCCAGUACAGAACAUGACAUGGCAUUUCAUUAGUUUAUGUUAGCCAACUAAUCAUAGAACCAGUAACUCAGGUGAUAAUAAGGACACUAAAACUAAAAAAAGCAGGGAUCAAAGGGGAUCACUUUUUCAUUGCCCCUGGCUGCAAUGAUGAAUUUUAUGUUAAAAAACCAAGGAAAUACUGUUCAAUUUCACUUUUUGUCUCUAAAGCAGUAACUGGUUCUUCGUUAACUGGCUAGCUGCAUUGAAACAGGAAAAUCCACCUGUUAGCUGUAAUGUUUGGGUUCGUAAAUGAGCACUGUGUGGAGGAGAGCUUGUUUGAGUCAAGUGACAGGUUGUUUUACCAGACCAACAAGCUGGUGUUAGAAACUCACAUUUUUUCCUCGUCUGGCCAGUUGUACCUAGCAGGCCACAACAUGCGAUCAAAUUCUUGCAAUAAAAUUUAUGUAAUCUGUUGUGUUGUAAACUGUUUGGAUGUGCGUAGGAAAAGAGACUAUUUUAUUGCAUAAAAUAGUGCUGAUUGCAUCUUGUGUCUGUGAAGGUUCUCAGUCAUCCAGGUCAUCGUAGUCAAAGGAGUUUGCAAAGAAAAGCGUCUGGACUUCUUUAAGUUGCUUGAAGACGUUUCACCUCUCAUCCGAGAAGCUUCUUCAGUUCUAAGGUCAAAUGGCCGAGAGUCCCAGAUGUUUGCAUCUUGCAAACAUCUGUUUUGCCAGCUGAUUGUGCUUCUGGGUACACCCGGCCUA